CUGCGGCUGCGGCGAACCGUUCAAAGGAGCAAUCAGUGCAUCAGUGAGGUCAGCAGGGCCGCACACGGGGCCGCGCGCGCUCUCGUGGUGGAGGUCGGCGACCCGCCCGAUCAAGCGGGUCACGCACCCACACACACACACACCACCACCUCCAGCAGCACAAAGGUCGACCACCUCCGGACCCGCGCGGGUGACAGGUCUUCUUGGAGCUUUUGGCCUUCGACACCAGAAAAGAAACGAGGAAACAGCAGGCAGGGCCAAGAACGCCCAACAACAUGUCGAUCGAGUUUCUCCUCCACGCUCCAGGAAAAUGGAACGAAAUUGGGUCUCCAUUCGGGUCGGCGACCCGCGGCUUUGCGUCCCAAACAAUGGACUCUCCGUGGCGCGCGCCACGGGCGGGCCGCGGGCUGCGGGCCCCCCGCCUUGCCGGCCCGGGAAAUCAAGCGAAAAUGUAAUUCUUUCACGUUCACGGGAUUCGUUUCCUCUCCACGAGCCCCAUCCCAGAGGGCCCCUGCUCGCUCGGCCGGCCGCAGUAACCCCGACGCCCUGGCCGGCCGAGCGCAGCGAUACCCCCACGUUUCGCCCAUCCGCCAUCAGCCGCAACCCCAUUGCCGACUGCCGACUUCCGACGCGACUGACUCUGCCACUGCGACGACAGAGGAACGGCCAGAGAGCAGCAGUAGGAAAAAAACAAGACGAAUUGGACGACAGACUGCAUCGUCGGCCCGGAAAGCAACCUAAUCUGGGAUCAGAGAGAUUCCUCGGGCUCUGCUGGAACACGGCUCGGUUCCAGGCUCAAAUCCGCUUUCGUUCGCAACUUCUCUGACCUGUCAAACGUCGGUAAAGCGUGCUGUAUUACUGUUUUCCCCAAAUAACAUAAGUUCUGAAUAAGAAAGGCAAAUCCACAAACUGUUGUAUCGUAGACCUGACUGUUGACUGACAAAUACGAGUUACUACACCAACAUGUCCGUGCGUUGCAAGGUCUGCCAAAAGAUGUAUAGGAAUCUUAGAGCCCACAUGAGAGUGCACACUGGUGAGAAGCCUUUUGAGUGCGCCAUCUGCUACAUGAAAUUUACGCUACAAGGUAACUUGAAGACUCAUCAUCUCACCCACACUGGUGAGAAGCCUUUUGAGUGCGCCAUCUGCUACAUGAAAUUUACGCUACAAGGUAACUUGAAGACUCAUCAUCUCACCCACACUGGUGAAAAGUCUUUUGAGUGCGCCAUCUGCUACAAGAAAUUUGCGCGUCAAAGUAACUUGAAGAAGCACCUUCCGACCCACACUAGUGAAAAGUCUUUCGAGUGCACCAUAUGCCUGAAGAAGUUCGCUCACCCAACUACCUUGAAAAGACAUGUUCUAACACACACUGGUGAGAAGCUUUUUGAGUGCACCAUCUGCUUCAAGAAAUUUGCGCUACAAUGUAACUUGAAGACUCAUCUUCUCAUCCACACUGGUGAAAAGUCUUUUGAGUGCGCCAUCUGCUACAAGAAAUUUGCGCGUCAAAGUAACUUGAAGACUCAUCUUCUCACUCACACUGGUGAAAAGUCUUUUGAGUGUACUGUAUGCCACAAGAAGUUCGCUUGCACAUCUCAUUUAAAGAGUCAUGUUCUAACCCACACUGGGGAGAAGCCUUUUGAGUGCGCCAUCUGCUACAUGAAAUUUGCGCAACAAGGUAACUUGAAGACUCAUCAUCUCACCCACACUGGUGAAAAGUCUUUUGAGUGCGCCAUCUGCUACAAGAAAUUUGCGCGUCAAAGUAACUUGAAGACUCAUCUUCUCACUCACACUGGUGAAAAGUCUGUUGAGUGCGCCAUCUGCUACAUGAAAUUUACGCUACAAGGUAACUUGAAGACUCAUCAUCUCACCCACACUGGUGAGAAGCCUUUUGAGUGCGCCAUCUGCUACAUGAAAUUUACGCUACAAGGUAACUUGAAGACUCAUCAUCUCACCCACACUGGUGAAAAGUCUUUUGAGUGUACUGUAUGCCACAAGAAGUUCGCUUGCACAUCUCAUUUAAAGAGUCAUGUUCUAACCCACACUGGGGAGAAGCCUUUUGAGUGCGCCAUCUGCUUCAAGAAAUUUGCGCUACAAGGUAACUUGAAGACUCAUCUUCUCACUCACACUGGCGAAAAGUCUUUUGAGUGCACCAUAUGCCUGAAGAAGUUCGCUCACCCAACUACCUUGAAAAGACAUGUUCUCACCCACACUGGUGAAAAGUUUUAAGAGUGAUACCAUAUGCCAAAAAAAUUUCACUCACGCGUCUAUUUUUAAGAGCUACGUUUCAACCCACACUGGUGAAAACUCUUUAGAGUACAACAUAUACCACAAUAUGUUCGCUCACCUAUCUACUUUGAAGAGAUAUGUUGUAACCCACAUUUUUGAGAUUUGAGACAACUGUAUUUUCCUUUUGUUUCCGCCCGUCUUUGUACGUUCGUCGUGCCCAACUGGACACACACUUAACUCUUGUGCAUUUUUUGUACAUAAACAUACAGAAUUAUAAGCAGCCAGAAGUCAUGACUUGCAAUUAUGCACUUUUUAUGCUUAAUUAUGUACAGACUAUACAUAAGUAUGCUUGGAUUGAACAUACUUAUGCAUGAAAUUGUACAUAAUCUUAUGGCUGCUCAUAAUUCUGCAUGUUUAUGCACAAAAAAUAAACAAAUGGAUAAAGGUUUAUUGAUCAUAGUAUGAGAAGUGUUUCUUUGAUAUAAAGCUGUCUUCCCUUUGUUUUGU